AUGUCCCCACCCACCGAGAAAACGUUAUUAUCAAGAAUAUCAGCUCGUGUCCUGACGUGGGAUAUUUCUUCCAACGUGAGCAGAAACCUAACGCGAUUGACUCAGGGAUAUGCCACCUCUGCUUCUGCAAGGAGAGCAGUCCAGCGGUCUGCUGGAGGAGGAACAGCGGUCGAUGCGAUCACAAGAACUUUCGGAGCUACGGCAAAAGUGCUUGACAAAAGAGCCCCGGAGCAAUGCAAACCCUACGAAUCCAGCUUCAGUGAAGGUUGCCCCCCGGCGGAUUGGUGCAUCGGUUGUACGGUUUGUGACUGCGACGCAAAUGGAAGAUGGGACUGUCACAUUUUGAGCUUUUGCCCAGAUAAAAAAGGCAAAAAACAGAUGCAGAAAAAGAAAAGUCCAUAUCGUACUAAAUCAGCAAUUAAAGGAAAUAAUUCCAUUCUUAAAACAAAGAAAAAGCUGACCACUAAGAAAGGGCAAUCUAAAAUACCAAACCACACAUUAAAAAAUACUAAACCAUCUAAUAAUGCAAAGAAAAAUGUACCUGCACAAAAACCUACAUUUAAACGAUCGCCUUAUAUAAAAAAGGGUAACGUUAAAACGAUUCAAACCAAGAAAGUUACCCAUAUAAAAAACAAUAACAAAAAAGUUCAGAAGAAAUCGGCAAUAAAAGCAUCCAAUACAAAAACUAUCAAAAUGAAGUCGUCCUCUGUACAAAAGGAUAAAAAGAUUUCUUAUAGAAGCUUACUUCAAAACGUUAAAGAGAAGAAUGACACUUACAAAUUAGCAGAAGCCAUAGUGAAAAAGGUCAUGGCCAACGUUGAAAAGUUUAUAAACGAGAAUCAGAAACAGUUAAACAAUCCGAAGGAAAUUCAAAAACGCUCGAUGCCAAAAAAUAAUACUUACAGUCACAAACAUAAGUCCGGUAAAAACUUUAAAAAGAAGCCACUUCCAAAACAACAGUACGUAACAAGACAAAAAAGGAGCAUCGAGGAGCGAUACAACCUGACUAAUACAGAAGAUACAACGACUCACGUUGAGAUGACAUCGAAUAAGGCUAAUCUAACUGUGGUCUUAAAUGAUAAUUACUAUGAUAUCACACCGAUAACAAAAUCUGCAGGUUAUUACAAAUAUGCCAUUACAUCAGAGCCCCUACGGCGAAACGAAACAAAAGAGAAGACGAGAACGAAGAAGAACAUAAACAAUAAAAAGCAUAAGAAUAUAUUGAAUGCUCUGUGUAAGAAAUUUCUGCUUUGCCAUCCUGAUUUAAGUGACAAAAGACUGCAGAAUAAACUGGCAGAUCUUAAUUUUGAGACAUCUAAGAUAUUAAAAACUGUCACGAGUAUAAAAGGUUUGCUACAAUUACUCAACAAAACUGGAAAUUCAUCAGAAUACGGGGAUACCAUAAGUGAUAUCGACAGAUUAGAUAUUAUUUUGCGAGAAUAUUACACGAUGGAUCAUACUCUUAACAUAACAGAGACGCAGCGAAUGCAAAUGAAAUAUGUUAAGGAAAAUACGCAAGAAUUCAUUAGAAAUCUGGAAAAAUUUGCUCUAAUUUUUAAUGAUAUUAUUCACAUAAUUGGCAAACAAAGCAAAGUCUCAGGUUUCAGUCAUAAAGUUCCCCACAGAAAGUUAAGAUGUAGCAAACGCUUUGCAGAUAAAGGCAAUCAAACGAUCGAUGACAGUAUCACGAGACUAAAGAGGCUAUUACUAAGUUAUAAUCUGGUUCAAAAUAAAUUUAUGUCAAAAAUGUAUGAUGCAAUAAUUAGUUUACAACGAAAUAUGGAUCGUGUGACCACCAAAGUAAGUCAAAAUAAAACCCUUCUAAAUACUGGUAACGAUAUAGAGACGUACUCAAGAAAUAUAAUUGAAAAUCUUAGGAAACUAAAGGAGUUAGGUCAAAAGCUGAAUUCUAGCGGCCGCGUCAAACGACAAGCCAUGAGAGAUGAAGAUGCAAUUGAAUAUCUAUUAGUACUUAUGGAGUAUUUACUGAAACAAAAUAAGCAUGUCGAUAAUCGUCCUGUCAGUGAUGGCAUCGAUCUACUAAUAGACGCAAUUAAAAAUGCCCCAGAUAUUAAGCCUAUAAAGUUUAAUUUUGUUGAAUUCACGACGAAACCCAUACCUUCCAGAACGACCGAAUCGUCUAAGGAUGAAAUUUUAAAAAGAGGCCAGGUUAUGCUAAGCAAAGAAAGAGAAUAUUCAUACAAAAACCUAAAUUCUUUCGUAGACGACUUUGAUAUUCGUAACGAUAAUAACAAAUUGAAUAAAAAGGAAGUUACACCCAUUUAUGUACAAAAGUUCAAAGAGUAUGCUAAUGGAAGCAAAUCCGAGGAAAUCACAGAACCAUCAAUGCCCGUGUACAUUAAUAAAGAAGAUCCAGAGACAUAUUUGGCAGGGGACAAGAUAGAGGAGAAAUCGUUUAAACAAAAUUACGAGGUUUACAAUUCCGACGGUGAUGAUGAGAAUGAAGCUAUAGAUACAAUUGUAAAUAAAGGGAACGCAACAAAUGAAGAAACCACUUUGAAAAGUAAUCUCGACGCUGACAAGGAGCAUGAAAAGAUAUUAAACCAGUUAGAAAUCGGCGUAACGGAAAACAAAGGGAACGGUGAGGAGGUACUCUCAAAAUUUGAUUGGGGCUAUGACAACAGAGAUUUAAAAUCCGCACUGGACGCAACAACGACGACACUAUCUUCACUGAAAUCGAUCAAACCCCAACUUGUCACGCGAACUGUUAGACAGUACAUAGACAAAUACGCGAAUCCACUCAGCGGUUUAUCAAGCGAAGAAACGGAUCCAAAUAACGUAAAAACGAAAGCCACCCCAAAGGACAGUGUAAAGAAAAUUGAUAUUUUUAGUUCUUUUGAUUACAAUGCAGACAGACGCGAAGAUUCAGAUUCGAAAGAGGACAAGAACGAUGUCUUCUCUGAUUUCGUUUAG